AUGAAUAGUACAUCUGCACUCUAAUAAACAAUUCAUAAUUAUUGCUUAUAAUCAUAUUCUGCUGGAGAUUUUGCGGUAUUGAUUUUAUUGUAUUUUAUAGAAAAAUCAAUAAGUUUUAGAACAAUUAAGAAAAUUCAUAUUGGAUUGGAAUAAUUUGCAAUUAUUAAAAAACAUUAUAGAAGUGGAUUGUAAAUAAGAAACAACUUUUGUGAUUUACACAUUACUUCAAAAAUCAAUUGCUGCAGGUUGUAAGUUUGUUAAUGUACUUCCGACUCCAUAAAGAAAAUCAUAAAGUUAUGAAGAAUAUGAAAGGUUUAUAAAAUAUUCAAUUUAUUAGUAAUGAAAGAUAACAUUUUACUACAAUUGUGACAAUGCACUUAGAAAUAGUGAUAAAUUAUUUUUCAAAAGGUUUGCAACAUCAAAAUUAUGUUUAAAACACAGUUUUGUUUGCUUUAGCCUUUAUGUUAAGAAAAUAUUGGUCUGAAAUAAUUGCACCAGAGUAAUUAGUAGAAAAACUUAUUAACACAUUUUUUUAUACAUAAAAUGUUUAAAUUUUAUCUUUGGGAUGCAAAUUAUUUGAAAAUCUAUUAAGUUGUGUUCGCUAAUAUUAUUAUGCAACUGGUUAUCUAGAAUUUAGAAAAGUAAUGAUGGGGUUUCAAAGGUUGCUAUUUAUUAAAUAUUAUUAGAUAGUCAUUAUCUACAUUAUUAGAAUAGACACAUAAACUUGUUUAAAAUUAAUUGAAAAUAGGAUCUUUUUUAUAUAUAUAUCGAUUAGAUAAAUCAUAUGCUGAUUCAUUAAUAUCAUUACUUAAUUCAUUUUUUACAUUUAAUUUCAAUCUGAGUUUUUAUGAAAUUGAUGUUGAUCAUGAUUCUAAAGAAAACCUAAUAAUUAAUGUAAAUCAUUUAUCAUAAUAAAUUUAGUUUCCAGAUUCAUAUUUCAAAAUACUUAAUGAUGAAAAGCUAAAUUAAGAAUAUUUUAGAGCAAUUAUUGAAUUUUAUACUUUGGAUUAAGCCAUUUCAAUUAGAAUACUAAAUAUUGUUUAAAGGAUUGCUUCAGCAAGAUUAACCUUAUUUUUCUCAAAGCAUAAUUUUAAAAAGAUUGUAAGAAGAACACUUUGGGAAGGCUUACUAUUUCUAUUAAAUAAUUAUGAAUUAUACUUGAAUAAUACUAAUUUUUCAAAUGAAGUUUGCUCUUUUGCUAUAAGAUUAGUUGUAAGUAUCUGUUAAUUAUUUAUUAGUCAAAUUUUACUUUAAAAAAAUUAAGAAAAUUUUAGGAUUUGUUUGAUCAAUGUGUUAAUUAAUUAAAUAAAAUAAAUCAUUUAAUUCUCAAUAAUUAAGGAAUAAAACUAUCAUCAAACAGUGUUUUCAUCAAAUUAUAGGAAGUUUGGCAUUAAUUUUUAUUUUAAAUUAACAUCUACAGUUCUCAAUAUUUACAAUAAUUUAAAUUAUUGUAAAAUUCUGUAAAUUUGAGUUUUAAGUUAUUAAUUCAUGCAUUUUAUAAUGGAAAUCCUUUUUCUGAAAUACCACCAAAUUAUCCUAUUAAAAAAAUAAAAAAAUUCUUGGACAAAAGUUUUCAUCUAUGCAUUUAGGUUUAUCAAUAAAAUACAGUUGAAUGUUUAAAUGUGAUUUCAGACUUAUUAAAAAAUUUACCCAUAAUUGUAUUUAAUAUUAUUAAAUUUAGCAAGUUUAAACAUUGUAACCACAAGAACAAUUAAUAACUUUAUGUAAUAAUUUAUUAAAAUUAAAGAAAAAUUUAGUGCUUUGUUGUGUUUAAUAUCUGCUCUUGUUUUAAGUCCAGCAUAAGUUGAAUUAUUAAGUGGAAUAGAUUCUCAAUUUUAAUAAAGUAAACCAGAGGGUCAUCCUUAAACUCGUAUAUUAUUAUAAGCAAUACUUGAUUUGAUUGCAUUUACAAAUAAAAUUCAUAUUCCUGCAGAUGUAAAAAAUAAAUUAAGAUAAAUAUAUAGAAUUAUGUUUGCAAAUUAUAUCACACUAGUAUACUAAUAUUUAUUUAAACAUAUAUAUCUUAAACUAUCGAGAAUUUAUACUAUGAAGAAACAUAAAAGAUAGUGAUAUCUUAAUCAUAAUUGUAAUAAAUUAAUUGUAAUAGUAGAUCUAUGAGUUUAGGAAAAGAUAAUUCAAUACAAUCUAAUUAUUUAAUAGUUAUAGAGAGUUGCUUAGAAAAAUGGUAAUAUUUAUGUAUAAUUAUAGUUUUUAAAUAUUUACAUUUCAUGAUCCAGAUUUAGUAGAAUAUAGCUUUAUUAUUUUAUAAUAUACAUAUGAAAAGUAUUUAUUGAUUUAUAAAUUUAGAUUAAAGAGAUAAUUGGAUAGAAGAUUCUUUAGAUAGAGUUCUAUUAGUAGUAUGUUGAAAUAAUUCUUCUUAUAGAUGGAUUUAACAUGUUUUAAUGAAGUUUAGUAUAUAAAGAAAAGAAAACAAGUUUAUAAAUUGGUUUCUUUAGUUUGGGUUGAUGAUUAAUUAGAUGAUUAUGUACCUGCAUUAGUUGAUAUUUACAAAUAAAUAAAAAAAUCUAUUACUAAUGAAACUAAUAAAAUUAAUAUGCUCAAAUAUUUAUGGGAUAUGAUUGGAGUAGUAGAUGAAUUAGAAGUAGAUAAUAUAUAUAGAGUAUUCUUAAGAAUUGUGUAAUAUAUAUAUUAUAUAUAAUUAGAUUUCCUGAUUUAUCAUCUCUAUUAUCUACUGAUAACACUUAAAUAUUUGUAUAAGAUUAUGAUUCAUCCUUAGGAUUAACAGCACUCUUAUGUUCAAUAUUUAAAAAUAAGUAAUUAUAUAAAAAUACAAUUAGAAAUACAAGAUUAUCAAAUGAAAACAUUUAAAUUCUACUCUAUUAAAUAUAUGGCAAAGCUACAACAUUCUUUAUUACAUCUAUUGAUUAUUUAAUAUUACAAGCUUAAACUAGUAUAUAAUAAGGUUAGCUAGUCAAGGAUUAAAUAUUGAAGAUGGCUGCUAAAUUAUUAAAAGUGAUGGGGUAGGUGUCAAGUUCUAAAUAAAUUAAUUAAGGCUUUUUUGUAAUCUAUUAAGAUUCCUCAUAUUUAAAUUUGUUUAAAAAAUAAUUGUAGCUUAUAACUGUAUAUAAGCCUUUAUUUCUUAAUUUAAUAAAAUAUAAAAAGUACUUGUUUGAAUGUUUAGAAGGGAUCUGCUCUGAACAUAGUGAGACAUUAGCUUAUAGAUGUGGAUCAGAUGUUUAUUUAGAUUUAUUAAUUAUAUCAGAAGGUACUUUGAAAGAGAUAUUAAAUUUUAAAUAACUAAAAGGUGAAGAACAAAUAAAUGAAGAAGCACUUUAAUUAUCUUAAAUUGCUAGUAUUCUUUGCAAUGUUAUGCAAUUCUUAAUAUAAGAAGGAGUUAUUGGUGAAUAAGUGGAUACAGAUAUGAUAAAAAAGAAAACAUUAGAUGUUUACACUACUGGCAAACAAAUUUUAACAUCCAUUUUUUCAUUAGCAUUUACAAUAAUUGUUGCUUUUCCUAAGAUUUUAAAAUUUUCAUCACCUAAUAGUGAUAUCUUAUUUGCCAUUUCUUUAUUUAAUCCAAGUGAAGUAUAUAUACAUUUAAAUUAAUUAGUUUCAAUAAUAACUUGUUUAAUUGCUUUAAGAAUAUAAGAAUACUCUGAUAUUACCACAAUAGACUUUGGAGUUAAUUACCUAAGGAUAUCAAGGUAUAUAAUAGAAUUAUUAUACUAGUAUUAAAUAACUAUUUGAAUAGUACUACUAAGGAGUUAUUUACUAAAUAAAUAAAAUUAGCUUUAGAAUAGAUUUGUUCUUAAGAAGAAUUCUGA